AUGGAGGGAGAGGGGGAGGAUGCGGGAAGUUUAACCCGGGCCCGGGAAGCCGUGGCCGGGCAGCCGGAGAUGGAGCCCGGGGGUGGCAGAGCCGGAGCCAGGGCAGAGGGGGAGGAUGCGGGAAGCUUAACCCGGGCCCGGGAAGCCGUGGCCGGGCAGCCGGAGAUGGAGCCCGGGGGUGGGAGAUGGAGAGCUGGAGCCGGAGCCAGGGAUGAGGGAGGGGCGGCGGGAAGCCUCCCCGGGCCCGGGAUGCCGUGGCCGGGUAGCCGGAGAUGGAGCCCGGGGGCGCUGGAGGGGGUCCGAGGGGACCUCCGCGCCUCCCCGGCCGAACGCCUUCGGCGAGACCGAGACGCCUGGCCAGCCCCAGCAGCCCGCGACGACGGAGCCCGCCACAAGGCCGCUGGUUCGCCCUCUCGCCUCCGCCCCGGGCGGGCGCCAGAACAACCCACGCUUUCUGCGGCGGCGGGCUCCGCGAGCACGGUGUUUAAGCCGGCCCCGAUCCAGGAGAGCCGCACUCGCUUUUUUUCCAACCACACGCCUGGCCUCUCGCUUCGACGGGGGGCCCCGCCACUACCAAACCCCAGCGCACGGUCCCGCCGGUGGGUCGGUCGGUCGCUGGCGGGCGGGAGCCCGCCGCCGCCGCUGCCUCCGCCGCCCAAGGCCCGAGAGGGCUACCUGGUUGAUCCUGCCA